AUGAGAGAGAGAAAACCCAUUAGGAAGAUGAAGAGGAGCCGCGUCAGCGACCAAAUCAUUCGCGUCGAAGAGCCGGAUGCAGAAGAGGGCGAGGCUUCCCCUGCAAAAGCCACCCCGGUUCCACAUUUUAGCGAUAGGCGCAUUUGCAUCAAUGUCGGAGGGGAAUACAUCACAACGCUGGCCAGCACACUGUGCUCUGAGCCCUCCAAGUUUUCGGAGUGGGUGGAAAACAACUUUCAAGGACUCCCGCGCGACUCUAUGGGCAACCCCUUUAUAGACAGGGAUCCAGAGAACUUUCGACAGAUAAUCAGUUACUUGCGCGGCUACGAGCUGCCGACUGCAACUGAAAAAAUUGUUUUUUUGGCCGAAGACGCGGAGUACUAUCACAUUGAUAGGUUGCUAGCUCUGAUCAACCCCCCAGCGGAGUGGCGUUUCGUAAGCGGCCCUGGUGUUUCUUCAAGUCGAAAAGAGUUCAGCACAGAAAACAUUCUCGCUACGUGUGGUAAUGAACCGCUUCCACAGGUAGGGAAGUCUGUUUUCUUGCUUCGCAUCGAUAAAUGUGAGCUGGUUUCCAUCGGGCUUGUCGGCACGGAAUCACCCGACCACGACGAACCACUAGAAAGGCAAACGAAUGCGAUUGCUUAUAGGAGUACCGGUGAAUUGAUUAGGUCCUUGAACAGCUCCAGUACUUUUUUUUCGGGCAAUGGCUACAAAGGUCGCGAUACCGUUAUGGUACAGGUUUUGUUCAAGCCUGAAGGUGCUGCGCAGAUUGAAUUUUUCUGCAACGACGUGAAGACACAUGAGACAGAGUGGCUUUCCCCAGUUCCACCACUGCGAUUUGCGGUGAGUUUGCACGGCGUCUCGGCUGUCGUAAUUGAGAGAUGUGUCGCAGGUGUUAAAGACGAGGAUAUGUAG